UUUGCAGAACAAGAAUCACAUCAGUAAAUGAUUAUUAUACUUUUAUUCAGCGAAAAAAAUACGUUGAGGAUUCUAUAUAUCUUAUUUUAUUUACUUAAACGUUACUUUAACAUUGAUUGUUGAUGAAACGAAAAAAAAUAUAUAUAUAUAUGUACAUGUAUAUACCUGGCACAAAUAUACUAUAUUUAGUUGUCUGUUCAUUCAAUUGGCGAUUUUACAGUUAUUGUUCAAUUUCGAAACUGUUCUCUUGCACUGAACAUCGAACAGAUCUAUUUAUUUGAACUGUGAUUUAACUGUGCUGUUAUCCAGUUCAUUCCAUUCUUCUUUCCUUAUCUUCACUGACUUAAAAUACAAAAAACUCAUGAAGUUAAAAGAAUGAUAAAAAUGUCAAUAGAUCUGAUAGUUUGCUCAUCCAUCCCAAAUAGAUAUCAAAUAUGAGGUAAUACCAUGUUGAAUUAAACAUGUUUUCACACCUUUUUUAAAUCUUCCACUGUAUUCUAAGUUAUUCUGUUCAUUCGCUUUUUCUUUCUCUCAAAUUCCUAGUGACUUAUUUUUUGUUUUUGUUUUUGUUUUUCUCUGAUAGACAUCGCAGCGUAUUGUUAUUAUGGAUGAUAUAGUUUGGAUUAUAAUGUAGUAGGGAACCGUGUGCAGAAAAAGGGGUGAAGUAUUUGUCUAUUUCUACUUCAUGUAAAAAAAUGGGAAAACAAAAUUUGGGAAAGAAAAGUGUACUUCAAGAGUCUUUUCUUUCCCUGGUUUCGAGUUUUUAGUCAAAAUUAGUGAGUUUAUUUUUUUUGUCAAAAACCCUUGAAAUACUAUUAUGAUUAUUAUUAUUGUCAUUUUGUUUUCAAAGAGCCCCUGGCAUAAUGAGCUUGUGCACGUCGCUGGUAUAUGAUAUAGUAAUUUAAGAUUAUACUUUUAUUGAAUUGUAUAUGUAAUUUAAUAAAUCAAACAUAGAACAAAUCACAUUCAACAACUUCAGACUUGAAUUAUUUACCCGCCAGAAGAACCCAAGAUGGCUAGAUUAAGUGCAAUGCGGUCCUGCUUCUUCCUAGCGCCCUGGACUAAAAGACGUAGCUCUAGGAUGGCCUUCUUCCUCGCCAUCUUCCUCGCCUCCUUCCUCGGACUCUGUAUCCUGAAGGUCCUCCAUCCUGCGCCGGGCGAGAGAGUGUCCUUCGCCAGAGCACACCUUCGACAAGUCCUCGACAGUCUGCAGAACGAAGCUCUCCUCCAGGAUGAGGGGGGCGAGGUGGAGGAUGAGGGGAAUGGGGCGGAGGGUGGGAGGGGCCAGGAACAGGAGGAUGAGAAAGCUGAUAAUGGAGACCAGAAGGAAAUGGAUGAGGAAGAUGAGGGGGGCCAGAGACAGGAUGAGGCGGAUAAGGGUGAGGAAGAAGGAGGCCAGGAGGACGAGAGGUACCAGGAAGAGGAUGAGGAGGACCAAGGGGAGGUCGAGGGGUAUCAGAAGGACGAGGGAGAUCAGGACGAAGGAAGGGGAGAUGAGGACGGGAACGAGGGUCUGGGGAAAACCGACGAGAACGACUUUGAGCGAGAUGAUCUUCCUCUUGGGAAAACAGGACUCCCAGAGGAAAAAUCCUACAGGGAUAUUAAACUCGACUUCAGACGGUCAUCGCGAAGACUCUGGCCUAAUGACGACGAUGAAUUCUGCUCCAGGAUGGAGGUGAGAUUCGCCGUCGGGAUGACGAGCAGCAUCCUUCACUCCUUCCCUCGGUCUGGCAACACCUGGAUGAGGUACCUGAUCGAAGCGGCGUCCGGAGUCUUUACCGGAUCUUGCUACAACGAUAAGACGCUUAUAAGAAGUGGGUUUAAGGGAGAACGAGACAGCAUAUAUUGGAAGACGACCAUCGUAACCAAAGCCCAUUUUGCGAAACACGUUGGGAAGUACAAAUAUCGCCCCACCGUCAUAAUUAUCCGGAAUCCCGCAAGGGUCAUUAUUUCUCUCUGGAGUUACGCGCGCAUUCGUAACCGGAAGAAAAGACACACGAAGACCGUGUCUGAAACUACGUUAGACAAUGAAAAAUUUCGCGCUUUCGUCCGAUACCAACUCGACAAAUGGCUUCACACAACGCUCUUUGCUCUCAAAAAAUGUCGCGACGCUUUCCCCGUUUUCUAUGAGAUCGUGCGCGAGGAUCCUGUAGGGGAGACUCGCCGAAUUCUCGAGUUCCUGAAGGUGAAGCCCCCGGAAGAUAGACUCGCUUGCAUGGCGCGUCACGUCAGGGGGAACGUGAAGGGGGCGCAGAAGAGCCUCGAUCCUUACACGGAGGAGGAGAAGGAGCUCUUCCUGCAGGCGCUGAAGGAGGUGAACGAGGCGUUGAUAAGGAGGGGCUUCCCAACUCUUCCGGAUUACUCGAAGUACAAGAAUUAGUUAUUUCAUUUCGAUUUUUUUUCUUCGCACUGAUAUUUUUGAUUUCUUGAUUUAUUUAUCUUCUUUAGAUAUUCUGAACAUCAAAUUCACAAACAAUCUCAGGCCCCUUUGGUGAUUUUUCCUCUCUGUCCCUCCUCCUGUCUCCUCUUCCUCGUCUGUGAUUGGCUACUUUUCUCUUCCUGAAGCUGUGAUUGGUUAUUUUUUUUCUUACUGAAUUCCAAUUGGUGGAUUCUCCUCUCCGGCAACUGGGAUUGGCUGAUUCUCUUAUUCUGUGCGGGCGCCGAAAUUUCACCGGAAAUCAGUACUGUCUACUGGCUUUAGAUGUUGAUGAGUGAAUGAUCAUUGUUAAUGUUGAAGAGUUAAAGAGUAUAUGACCGCACUGAAGUAGUCUGUAAAAAUAGCUAUGGUAGAUAGAUAGAUAGAGAGAUUGAUUGAUAAAACAAUAUUAACAGAACAGUGUACUUGCCCUGCAAAAAGUCAGGGUAAGACGCUAUAGCAUCUAUCCAAACUGGUUAUGCUUCUGUUAUUUGUAGAGAACUGUCUAUCAAACACUGAUUAUACAUGUACCGUUGUGCUUACAUUAUUCACAAAUUAUCUAAUUGGUAAAAAAGACAAGACCAGUGUCUAUAAUAAAAUGAAUGUAAUCAAUAAGUGCCGGUCUCUGGACAGUGCUGUUUGAUCAAUAGGAUGCAGUUUUCGAGCAACAAAGUAAGUAAUGUGUAAGAUUAUGCACAUUUUGGAGUGAUGGUAGAUUGCCUUUGCCUUGAAAACUGCAUCCUGUACAUAAUGUAUAGUGUACUGAUAUCCUAUAUGUAGCCUGGUUUAGUGUAACCUGCUCUCUCCGAGACAGUCUAUUAUAGACUUUAUAUGGUCUGUCCGUAUCAAAUAUCCUUCAUAACGCCAGAUAGUACCAUGUCCAGUUUUUCGCUGACGCGGCUUAACUCCGUCCUCGAAAAAAUCCAGUUCACCGUGGAGGAGGAAGAGGAUCAGAAACUACCUGGACAGAAACUACCCGUUUUUCUCAUAUUACCGCCAUGUAUC